CAUAUAAGUACUGACAGCUCAGACACUGGGCACAAUAGCCAAUUAUAAUCUGCGCCAUCGCUUGAAAAUAUUGAUCCGGUACAACCAUCUGUGUGAUCUAUUAGUUUUCCGUCAUCUUCCGCAAGCCAAGUGUAAAGCGGGCAAUCUGCUGAAAAUGCGCCUCGACGCCUUCAGCUCCUUUCACUGGCUUUCUCGCUCUUGUAUAGCACCAAUCAGAUAUUAAGCACUUUUGUAGAGUUAUUGCUGCGCCGCAUAUGGGCCCUGAUGCUACAAACCUGAUAAAUCUCCACUAUGGCGGUACGCGAGCCCUAGCUCUCGCUACAGCGUAUACGAAUGUAACCGAUAUCUGCCUGCCUCAAAUGACGAAUUGAGUUUAAUCCCGUUUUCAUUCUGCGUACCCCACAUAUCGAGCUAGUUUGGUUAAUCUGUUAGUAUGAUUCCCAUAGUCUAUAUAAUGAAUAAGGUAACCCCGAAGAAAAGGCGUUCUUUGCCAAAGAACCACAAGACAUUAAAGUCGCGUGUUCUCAGCAGAUUCGGUAAAGAUCCCGCUUUAAAGCCAUUUUGCAGCGUAAUGAGAUUUGAGUAUGAUCACGCAAAAUCAAAAUAUCAGACUUCUACGGACAGAGAUACCGUUCAUCUUUCAGUUAUUGGAUUUGACAGUACGAGCGGGAUUGAAGUUUGCGCAUCAGUUCCAACUCUGAAGGCAAAGGGUCACGGUUUACGAAUAGGAAGAAAUGCUGCAUCCAAAAGUUGUGCACCAGUGGCAAAAAACAUCAACGGAUUUAUUGGUUUUAGGACUUUUUACAGCAGGAUGUUUCUUAACCUCCAUCAACAACGGCUAUCUUCGGUUCUAGCCAAAGUGUGGGCGACUUACGAAAACAAGGACUUCUGGAACAAGUAUGCAGCGUUGUAUGGAUCUGAGCCGCGAAAAGAGUCAUUUACAGAGUGGCUAUUAGGGCGUGCUCUUCCUCCAACAGUGCCACCAAAUAGUGAUUUUUUCAACCUAUUACUGUCCUGCACCUCACCUCCUUCAAAGAGAGAGACGAAGAGUUUGGAUGUCGAUCUCGGCUUCCAGCAGACAAUAGACAUCAUGGACGAAGCAUGCGAUGACAACUUCUCGAUUCCCUCAGAGUUGGAACUGAUGUAUAUGCAAAUGAUUGGAUCAGGCAAUUUCUUUGUGAGCAGCGUUGAAGAACCUCUGCCAGUAUUUGAUGGCAAUUUCUAUGAAGAUUUUGAAGGACUGGAAGGCGUCCGGCAGUGUGCUCCUACGUAUAGGCCUCCGGCAGCAAACACAGCAAGCAUUGACAACAACUCUUUGGAGGGAGCAGUUGGCUCAUAUCCAUUUCAUAUAUAUUAGUUGUGCAGAACGUUUGGAUCAGGUUGAGAGGAGUGAUGUAUCAUAGUGGGAUCACGAAAAUGGCAUAUGAGAAUUACCUUU